AUGAAAAAUAUACAGAAAAAUGAGCUGGCCGUGUUCUUGGGCUACCUCGCCGCCAUCUCCCUGGGUCUGGGCCUGGUGUUGGGACUCUACCCUUACAACCACAUAUUCCCCGACAAAUCCUACGUCGACAACCCUGCGAUGUCAGCCGCCUAUGGAGCACUGGCGAGGCCGGUGUGGGGCAUGUGCGUUGCUUGGGUGGUCUUCACGUGCCACACCGGAAACGCAGGUGUGGUUAACAAAAUACUCUCGUACCCCGGCUGGAGACCCCUGGCCAGACUUACCUUUACGAUGUACUUGACGGUCCCUCUUGUGCAGCUCUGGUGGUCGUCAACGCAGUUCCAGCCAACGUACUUUAACUACCAAGAAAAGCUGUUCCAGUCCGCGGGCGUGGCGUUCAUCGCAGGAAUCGUCUCUCUUAUCAUCUCGUGUCUGGUGGAGCUGCCUCUGCGGACGCUACUGGAUGCACUACUGCCUUCCGAAGCUAAAAAACAGGAGGACCGAAUCAGGCCGCAGAAGCAAGAUCCUGAAAACGGCAAAGUCCUAUCAACUUCCAUGAUGUGAGAGAGAGGGCGAUGACGAGGAAGAGGAGGAAGAGUAGGAUGAUGAAAAGGAGGAGGAGAAGGAACAGGUGGACGACGAGGACAAGAAGGAGAAAGAGGAUGUGAGACAGAGGGCGAUGACGAGGAAGAGGAGGAAGAGUAGGACGAUGAAAAGGAGGAGGAGAAGGAACAGGUGGACGACGAGGACAAGAAGGAGAAAGAGGAUGUGAGACAGAGGGCGAUGACGAGGAAGAGGAGGAAGAGUAGGACGAUGAAAAGGAGGAGGAGAAGGAACAGGUGGACGACGAGGACAAGAAGGAGAAAGAGGAUGUGAGACAGAGGGCGAUGACGAGGAAGAGGAGGAAGAGUAGGACGAUGAAAAGGAGGAGGAGAAGGAACAGGUGGACGACGAGGACAAGAAGGAGAAAGAGGAUGUGAGACAGAGGGCGAUGACGAGGAAGAGGAGGAAGAGUAGGAUGAUGAAAAGGAGGAGAAGGAAGAGGUGGACGAUGAGGAC